AUGACGACAAGCAAGAGUGCCGCUUAUGAUUAUCUCAUAAAGCUAUUGUUGAUUGGUGAUUCAGGUGUUGGCAAAAGCUGUCUGUUGCUCCGUUUCUCAGACGACUCUUUCACUCCGUCUUUUAUUACUACAAUCGGAAUCGACUUUAAAAUUCGGACGAUCGAGUUGGAUGGCAAACGUAUCAAACUGCAAAUUUGGGAUACUGCGGGUCAAGAACGGUUCCGCACAAUUACAACCGCUUAUUAUCGUGGUGCUAUGGGAAUACUUCUGGUCUAUGAUGUCACAGAUGAACGUUCGUUUAACAGUAUCCUUUUGUCACACCCAGCGUAUUUGCUGGAAGUGAACAUAAGGAACUGGUUCUCCAACAUAGAGCAACAUGCAAGCGAAGGAGUGAAUAAGAUUCUCAUUGGAAACAAGUGUGACUGGCUCGAGAAGAAGGUUAUCGCUAAAGAACAGGGACAAUUACUUGCUGACGAGUUUGGUAUCAAGUUUUUGGAGACUAGUGCCAAAGCUAAUACUAAUGUCGAGGAAGCAUUCUUCACUUUGGCCAGGGACAUCAAGAAAAGACUCAUUGACAAUCAUUCUCAGGAUCCACAGCCUCGCAAUAGACUUGAUCUGGAUCCGAACGGUCAGAAAGCUGGCCAGGGUACUGGCUGCUGUAAAUAG